AUCUGUGCAAGGUUCCAUGAAAUUUCUAUUUCUUGCCAAAAAGUUGUUCCAAAUGCCGAUUUAAGAAUGGGAACAAGUUCUCAAAGGUCUGGAAAGACCAAUAACCAUAAGAACUUAAAUAAUGACAGAAGGAAUGUUCCCAACAAUAACAAGUUUGAAAGAAAAACUGAGAUUUCGAAGCCAAAAAACAUUCAGCAAAUACAAGUUGUCCCCGAAUCUGUGGAAAGUGGUAUUUCUUCAAGGGUUUCAGUCGUGUUGGCAAGUCUAGUCUUGGGGAUCAUGAUUGGAAUGCUGUUGCAAGCUUAUCUCAUUCCCAUGUUUUCCAAGAAUGGCCCAGAAAUUGAUGUGUCACUGUCUUCAGUGCCACAGGGAAUGCCUGUUGAAGUCCAAUUUGACUCAGUCCAGUCCAAAGACGUCGACUCAGAUGCCACAAACUCCAAGUCGCAACUGCAAGAAGAAAAAGUGACGAAGGAUGUGGAUAAACCCCAACCUGGCAACAGUUUGAAGGAACCAAGUCAAGACGUCGUGAACCUUGAGGUAAAACCUGAAGACAUGCCAGUUAAAACACCAAAGACAGAAGAGAUGUCUGAACAAAUUCGAGAAGAAGUAACUCCUCCUGAGAUGACAGAUUCGCCUCCAGCGAAAAGAGAGCAGUCAGAAGUAAAGAAAAAAGAAACAGUCACGAAAGAGGAGAAACCAAUGAAAGAUGAUAACCCAGUAAAGGACAGUACUGAACUGAAAUUCGAGGGACAGGAGAAUUCAAAGAAUCCAAAGUCAAAAACUAAGAGUUCAGUGAAUAAAGAUACUGAUAAUGAUAAAGCCAAAACCCAAGUGAAAUCUGAAGAAAAAAGUUUUGAUAUAGAAAAAGCUGUGAGGGAGUUCAAGUCCUCAAUUCUCAAUCAGUUCACUCCAAAGAAGAUUUUUCAAGACGGUCGGAGGAUUCCUCCGAUUGAAUUGCAUCAUACCAAGGAAAAUAAUAGCACUGUUCGGGCCUAUCUCUUUGAAGAGUUCUUCUCCAAAGCAGAGUGUGACGGCCUGAUGAAAGCACAUGACAGUCACGUCACAAACACCAACAAACAAGACCCACUUGUCUGUUUCGACUCAAUCAAGACGCUACGAAGCCAUCUGAAGGAGAUGAAGAAGACGAAGGUGAAAGUUAGUCCCAAAGUUUUCACAAAAGGAACAACAUGUCUGAAUGCAACAUUCUCCACUCAGUUUAAAGAAUGGUCCAAGGCAAACUGGAGUUUCAGCACAGCAUUCUAUCCCGGAGAAAGUCGUUUCACAUCACUGUUUGAUCAGCGUGUUGAGAGGUCGACAGGUUUUAGAACGGAAAAUGGGGGAAAGUUCCAGAUUACCAGCUAUCCUGUCGGGAUCGGUUAUAAGACUCAUACAGACUGCAGAGAGGGUGCUGAUAAGAGAGACAGAUUUGCAACAAUCCUUGUCUACCUACAGGAUGUUGAGGAGGGAGGAGAGACAAAAUUUCCCGAGCUUGGUAUCUGGGUGAAGCCACGGAAAGGCCGUGCUCUCAUCUGGACGAAUAUGAAUGAGAAAGGCGAAUGUGAUCCACAGUCUGUCCACUAUGCUGCCAAGGUUGUGAAGGGCCACAAGUAUAUCCUACAGAGAUGGUAUUAUUAUGAGAACUUCUACUCGCUCGGCAAGAGGCCCCCCGAGCCCCAUCUCCCUCCCCACAACCCUGGCCAACCCAUGGUCAGCUGUGAUGAGUAUGAGAAUGGAAGCUGCCGCUGGUACGAUGAGUGGAACUACGAUCAUAUCUUAGACUACAGGAACCAGAAGGUCAACUUGAUCUGAUGUAUGUCAGCUGCUUCUAAACUUGGUAUCAAAUUCACUAUUGGGUGGUGGGAUGUUAAAGGGAGAAUAUAUGCAGAGGUUUCAUGUUGUUUUUCUGAUGAAAUCCCAGCAUUUUGGAACAAGAUAUCUUUUCUCUCACAAAGGUGUAAAAUAAUCUAUUUUUGGACUGUAUUUUUUAUACUUUUUCUACACAAAUGAUAUUUUUGUACCGCUUAUUGUUGUAAAAACUUGAUCCAAAGUGUAUACUAUCCAAUCAUUCAGAGAAUGUCAUGAUCUUGUUUUUUUUCAUGAAAAUGUCACCUGUAUUCUAGCUUGUAACAUUGUUGAUCAUAAAUUAAUUGUUAAUAAACCUAUUUUGAUGCAUUCCAGUAUAGAUUUCUGACUGGGCCUGAUCACUAGUCGGUGUAAUUUGAAUCGCUACAACCAGUAUUAUUUCCCAACUACUGAUUUUGAAAUAUGUUCAUUGGUGCAAGUUUAAAGUUACUAAAUGAUUGUGCAAUAAUUAUAUUUUGAUAAUUCAAAAUUAUGUCCUGUGUAUCACAGUUCAAAAUGAACUUUUCAUAGUAGGCUGUUGAUGUUCUAUUAGUCUUGGGGUGAAUGGGGUUAAUUUCGUUUUCUCUUCACUUCCUAAUUGCUUUGUGCUAAUUACCUACGCAUCAUAAUUUCCACUUCCUGCUCUGAUCAUUAUUUCCUUCUUGGUGCCAUUUUCAAUCAAUUAUGAUAUUCUAGUUUUUCAAUCUGUUAUUACAAAUCAUAUCCGAAUCACCUCAUAGCUUCUGUCAUUGUUAUUUUAUGAACAAUUGCAGACCUUCCACCGAGUUCAGUUUUGUAGUAUCAUUAAUCAAUACUCUUUUUGCCCAACAUUAACAAAACAAGUCCUAUUUUACCAUUAUUGGAGUUGACAGGUCUGUACUGGUGACUUUCAGUGGUAGCUCUUUAUAAGUGGGGACAAAGACUAUCUUAGACAAGUUGUUAAGUCCAGGGACAAAUACUGUCGUCCUUUCUAUCGUGAACUCUGUCUCUGUGUACAAUUCUGUUAGUUUUUCUCUAUAUUUUUAUA